AUGUCGGCUAGCCCUUCUGCUACGGCUGGUGCUGCGGCUGGUGGUGACACCAAACCAUCGGACCAGAUUCAAUUCAAGUUCUGUCGCGAAUGCUCCAACCUGCUCUACCCCAAGGAGGAUCGGGUCAACAAUCAGUUGAUGUUCACCUGCCGUACCUGCCAUGUCGGCCAGCCUGCCUCCUCCCAUUGUGUCUACCAGAACCACCUCCAUAGCCAAGUCGGUGACACUGCUGGUGUGACUCAGGAUGUUACUGCGGAUCCCACGGUUUGUUGUCCUCGUUUCUGUACUCUGCCUGGUCUUUGUACCCUAUGCGGUGAUGUGAUCCCUUGUUCUAUUUGCGGACCCGCCCCGAAGGAGGAUCUUCCCCAGGAUGCGCCGCCUCUCCCACGAGCCAACAAGCUCUGUCCAAGCUGCGGCGAAACUGAAGCCGUCUUUUUCCAAUCACAACAACGAUCCGCCGAAACCGGCAUGAAACUCUACUACGUCUGUUGCGCGUGCGGUCAAGUCUACAUGUGAUUUCUUUCUGCGAUGCGGUCUCCAUUUUCCGAUACCCUUGAA